GCCCAUUCCCUCGUAUUACCCCUGGAUCGCUCCCAAGGUUUCCCGUGUUCGCUCCCUUUCCUCUCUGCCCCAGCGCCAGCCCCUGCCUUCCCCACCCCCACGCCUCCCUUCUCCCCCUUCUUCCCCCUCGCGACCCAGCAGCGAACGAAGGAAGAAACCUUGAAGAGAAGAGAAAGGUAGCGGAGAUGGGAGGAGGCAACGGGCAGAAGUCGAAGACGGCGCGCGAGAGGCACAUGGAGAAGAACAAGCCCCCCAAGGGGAGCCAGUUGGAAUCCAACAAGAAGGCCAUGACCAUCCAGUGCAAGGUAUGCAUGCAGACAUUCAUUUGUACCACAUCAGAAGUGAAGUGCAGAGAACAUGCUGAAGCAAAGCAUCCGAAAUCCGAUCUCUAUCAGUGCUUUCCCCACCUUAAGAAGUAAUAGCGAGCUAUUAGGAAGCAUCUUAUCCAGUCAAAUUACAUUAGAUAUGUAUAUUUUCUGUAAUUUAAGUGAUGCAAACUUUAUCCCUUGGACUAUUUAUGUAUAGUGUAUCUUUAUGUUGUAGUUCAGUGUGUUGUCCUAUGAACUAUUUGAGAAAGCUGGCGUCCCCCUUCUGUUGAACUCAUUGCUUGCGUUUUGCGUCUUUUUUCAUGGUUUAGUGGAUGUAUUGCAU